AUGUCCAUCCCCAACGAAGCUUUGCAGAAGGUGAACUCCCCCGCUCCGGCCAAAAAUAGCGGCGUCUACAGCCUUGUCUACAGCAUGCUGACUUACCGUAUGAACAGCUCCUCCAAGAGCUCGAGACCCGCAUCGUCGCCUCCCAGCAGCAGAUCGGCAUCACUAAGGCGCAAAUCACAACUAAGCAGAGAGAUGUUCGGUUGCUGGAGUUGA